AUGAAGCCAGCACGAUCAAAUGACUCUCUCAAGAGAAAGAGAACCAAUAAUAACAAUAAACCUUUGGACAAAUGGCAAGACUAUGAGGAGAUUGCUGAGCAGAUGACCUCAGAUCUUGUUAAUGUACCAAAGAAUGCAGCUGAAACUAUACAUGAUGCCUAUGAUUCAAAUAAGGACAUUGUGAAGGAUUAUACAAAGAUAUGUCAGUUGAAGCAAUCAAAUAUAUCACGUCCAAUGUGGGUAUGUCCAGAUGGUCAUAUCUUCUUGGAGACAUUCUCGCCCAUUUACAAGGAGGCAUCAGACUUUCUGGUGGCAAUUGCCGAGCCAGUAUGUCGUCCACAGUUGAUACAUGAGUACCAGCUGACACCGUACUCGUUGUACGCCGCUGUGUCUGUUGGUCUGGAGACGGCGGACAUCAUCAAUGUGCUCGGACGUCUGUCCAAGAUGGAGAUUCCUCGCGAGAUCAUCAACUUUGUUAAGAAGUGCACAAAGAGUUAUGGCAAGGUCAAGCUGGUGCUACAGAAGAACAAGUACUACGUCGAAUCAGCCUAUCCCGACGUCUUGGAGCAUCUCCUCAAGGACUCCACUAUACGAUCAGCGCGUGUCACUUCGUCGGCGCCUCAGGCAAACACAGUGGGCGACCCAGCGCAGCGACAGGUGGACACCAAGACUGGAUUCAUUGUGACCACAGGUGGCAUGACACCAACUCAGAUCUCUGGAGGCAUUCUUCCCAACCAGGGUCUGGACAGCAAUCUGUCGUCGCUGCUCGAGGGCGAUGAAGAGGACACAGUAGACAACUCUGAUCAACAGUUCCACUCAUUCGAAAUAUCAUCUGACAGUGUCGAGGCGGUCAAGAAGCGCUGCAUCGAGCUCGACUACCCAAUGCUGGAGGAGUACGACUUUAGGAAUGACACGGUCAAUCCCAACCUGGCCAUGGACCUCAAGCCCACAACAAUGAUUCGUCCCUAUCAAGAGAAGUCAUUGUCCAAGAUGUUUGGUAAUGGUCGUGCACGAUCUGGCAUCAUUGUGUUGCCGUGUGGUGCAGGCAAGUCACUCAGUGGCAUCACAGCGGCAUGCACAGUCAAGAAGAGUAUCCUUGUGCUGUGUACAUCAGCCGUGUCUGUGGAGCAGUGGAAGUAUCAGUUCAGACUGUGGACCAAUGUCGAUGAGAAGGCCAUCCAAAAGUUCACAUCAGACAGCAAGGAGAAGAUGUUCACAAUGGCCGGUGUCACAAUCACCACCUACACAAUGAUAUCAUUCGGUGGAAAGCGUUCUGCCGAGGCACUCAAGAUCAUGAAUGAGCUCACCAAUCGUGAGUGGGGUCUAGUGCUGCUCGACGAGGUGCACGUCGUGCCAGCCAACAUGUUCAGACGUGUGCUCACCGUCACCAAGGCGCAUUGCAAGCUGGGACUGACUGCCACACUUCUCCGUGAGGAUGACAAGAUUCAAGAUCUGAGUUUCCUCAUUGGCCCCAAGUUGUACGAGGCCAACUGGCUCGACCUGCAAAAGGCAGGAUACCUUGCCAAUGUGUCCUGUUCAGAGAUCUGGUGUCCAAUGACCGCAGAGUUCUAUCAAGAGUACCUCACCAACGAGUCGCCUGGCAAGAAGAAGCUGCUCUACACCAUGAAUCCAAACAAGUUCCGUGUGUGCGAGUACCUCAUCAAGUUCCACGAGCAACGUGGCGACAAGAUCAUCGUGUUCUCGGACAAUGUGUACGCCUUGCGCAAGUACGCCAUCGAGUUGAAGAAGUUCUUCAUCUAUGGUGCCACGCUGGGCCAGGAGAGAAUGUCAAUUCUCAGCAAGUUCCAACACGACCCGGCCACACGAACAAUCUUCAUCUCAAAGGUCGGUGACACAUCCAUUGAUAUCCCCGAAGCCACAGUGAUCAUUCAGAUCUCAUCGCAUUAUGGUUCUCGUCGUCAAGAGACUCAAAGACUCGGACGUAUUCUCCGUCCAAAGCCCAAGUCGGAUGGCCUGUACAACGCUUUCUUCUACUCGCUCGUGUCCAAGGACACGCAGGAGAUGUACUACAGUGCCAAGAGACAGCAGUUCUUGAUUGACCAGGGAUACAGUUUCAAGGUGAUCUCAGAGAUGCCCGGUCUGGACGGCGAGAAGUUGAUGUACACCUCCAAGAAGGACCAACUGGACCUACUGAACGAGGUGUUGAAGGAAGGUGAUGACAGUGGCAAAGGUGAAGUGUUGGAGGAGGACUUUGAUGACAUUACAGAUUGGCAACAGAAGAAGAAGCCCAAGACCUCUGGUGGUGCUGCCAGCAAUGUCGUCAGUCGUGCCAGUGGUAACAUUAGAGCACUAUCCGGUGGAAGUGGCAGUACAUACAUGGAAUACCAAGCUCCCAAGAUCUUUGGCAAUCAACGUGGUCAGAUGAAGAAGUAA